AUGAAUUUGAAUGUGGUAAACGCCGAAGAUCAACAGCUAUACAAUAACUUGCAGCUAUUAAAUUCGCAACUAUGCUCAUUGGUGGAUGACAAAGAGUCGCGUCCCGUACAGUUAACGAACUGCAAGAGAAGCGGCGCUGGAAGCGUCUUGCAAGAACUCAAUCAAGUGGUAUGCGACUUGACAUUAGAUUCGAAUGCGCCACAAUUUGAGUUUCACGGAUUUGGAUGCGUUCAGUCUUUGGGUAUGCCCAAGCGUCUGCUCUACUCAAACGACGGCACCGUCAAAAAGGAGCCGAAAUCAAACGCGGAAUGCAGCGUUCAAGGUCAUUUUGGUGCGCGCCAAAACAAAAGGCAAGCGCAGAAGGAGAACUUGGGCCAUCAGGAGGAGUGUGGCGCACUUGCCAUCGAGCAAUCUGUUGAGCUGUUGGGCAAUUGCAACGAACGUAAUCUUCUGCUGCGUUUGAUGGAUUUAUUUAAGUCGAUGCAUGAGCACAUUAAUUCAGAAUUACCAAGUCAUCAGCUAAACUCGAUGCCAUCCGAUUAUGUUUUCGACUUGCCCACAAAGCAAUCAAUGCCCAAAGGCUACAAUAUACGCCAUCAAGUACAGGUGCUGUGCACCAAAUUGGAGCGCUUUAUUGCACGCCAGCGUCGCAUCCUGGAGACCAAUCGCCACUUUGACUACACCAAGUAUACUGAAUGUGAUGGGCUACUCAAUAGCGCCUCGGAUGGGCAUCAGGCUCUCAAGCAGUUCACAAAUGUGGAUCUGCGUCAACGCAAUUUUCAGUUCAUCAGCCGUUUGGCUAAUGACAAUGCUGUUCUGCUGGAAAUGCUGCUGCUUAAUCUGCGCGAACGUAUCAAAUCUGCUCAUAUUCACGUAUACGUUUUUAAUUGGGAAAUGGAUAUUGAGCAUCGUUAUUCUGCGUCCAUGACAGCUCGUCUCGAGGAGACGAAUAAUAGAGCUUUGGCAUUGGCUGUUGCUGACAUUCUGGCAAGUCAGCCACGUCAAUUUAGCUUUGAGGAACAGCUAAUUGCUAAACACUAUCAGCUGGAUAACGUUGUCAGCUGCGCCAAGGAAAACGAGGACUUUCUAACAGCACUGCUGCAAUCGCCCGAGAACUACUUUCCACCAGAGAUCAUUGCCUUGUGCGAGCCUCCCAAGAAUGUCAGCAAGCUGACGCCAAUAGCACCUGUCUCUGCCUAUGAUGCUGUAGAUAGUUUGGAGCAUUUAGUCUUAGGUGGCGAUAUUCUCGAAGUGGCGCCAUCAUCACCGCCAAGAGUCAGUCAUCGCUCCCAUAUCCCAAAGUGUAACAGAGGUUAG